GGGGAUGGGCCCUGAGGGGCUCUGGGGUGCUUGCGAGGUGAGCAUUUCCAAGGCUGUGUGCUCGUGGGGUGGGGGGACACACGAUGACCUUCUCCUCCUCAGGAAGACCUAAGAGGGAAGAGCAAACCCCAGCGAGAUCCCCCCUGUGCUGAUGAUUUUCAGGGACUUGUUGGCAACUCAGCGAGGGUUGCCAUAGCUUUUUUAUGUAGGGUGACCAGAACCGGCUGAAACUGGUUUGAGGCAGAUCAGCUCCUGAACACAAUGCAGUCACUGAGCUACUACAGUAGGAUAGCAGCUUCCUCCCUUCAUGGCAGCCAAAAGCAGAGGAGCUUGCAGGAAGGUACCAUCCCUACACAGUAUGUGAAUGCACACUUAGACACCACACAGCACUGGUACGUGACUAAUGGAGCCCUAAAAGAUUCUGGGUAGAGAAGAUGGAAAAAAAGGUGCAGGUUUGCAGGGUCUGAGAUUACUUGGGCUUUUCCUGCCUUUUUCUUUUGCUUAAGGGAUGGACAAGGAGCUGAGAUUUAUGACCCUUAUUAGAGAAAAAAAUGUGCCUUGCUAGGGUGGGGACACUUGGUUGAUGCAGUCUCUCUCUCUCUUUCUCGGUGUUUAUAACAAAACAAAACCAAAAUGAACUGAGGGGUUUGUAAUGGUAGUUUGUUUGUUGCUGGAGAAUGCUACUUUGCAUGCUUUUUUUCUCUUGCAGGGUAUGUUCUGUCUUGUGCUUUUUCUUUUAGAAGCUACUAAAGGGUGUUGGGGAUGCUUCUGACUAUUAUGAAGGCCAAAAGGCCUGUUGACUGGGGCUCCUUUUAACCCUUUCCUAUUUGCUGAGAAUGCAGCCGUGUGACAGUAACUGAACAUUGGUCUAAAGUCUUUCCAAAAGGUCAAGGUUCACAAGGCGCCCCUCUGAGAGAAGAGUGGUCACAGAAUGUUUUCUCUAUGCUGAGUCAGCCAUCGAAAGAAAAGCACGUGUGACUUCUUCAGCUCGGUAUUAACCGAGACAGAUUAUACAAGAAAAAGAAAAUCAAGUGCUUCAGUAAGAUGUGGAAGGAGGCAACGUGUCAGGGACCACUAAAGCAGAUUCGAAGGAAGGAUAAUGACACAGCAAAUACCGAAGGGCAGAGUCUGUCUAGGAACAUGCAUCUAAAUUGGCUAGAACAUCUGCUCAAAUUAAUGACCAUGGGGGAUAUGAAGACCCCAGACUUUGAUGACCUCCUGGCAGCAUUUGACAUCCCAGAUAUGGUCGAUCCUAAAGCAGCUAUUGAGUCUGGACACGAUGACCAUGAAAGCCACAUGAAGCAGAAUGCUCACGGAGAGGACGACUCCCACGCACCAUCAUCUUCUGACGUGGGUGUCAGCGUUAUCGUCAAGAAUGUUCGGAACAUUGACUCUUCCGAGGGCGGGGAGAAAGACGGCCACAACCCCACUGGCAAUGGCUUACAUAAUGGGUUUCUCACAGCAUCCUCCCUUGACAGUUACAGUAAAGAUGGAGCAAAGUCCUUGAAAGGAGAUGUGCCUGCCUCUGAGGUGACGCUGAAAGACUCGACAUUCAGCCAGUUUAGCCCGAUCUCCAGUGCUGAAGAGUUUGAUGACGACGAGAAGAUUGAGGUGGAUGACCCCCCUGACAAGGAGGACGUGCGAUCAAGCUUCAGGUCGAAUGUGUUGACGGGGUCGGCUCCCCAGCAGGACUACGAUAAGCUGAAGGCACUCGGAGGGGAAAACUCCAGCAAAACUGGACUCUCUACGUCAGGCAAUGUGGAGAAAAACAAAGUUGUUAAGAGAGAAACAGAAGCCAAUUCUAUAAACCUGAGUGUUUAUGAACCUUUUAAAGUCAGAAAAGCAGAGGAUAAAUUGAAGGAAAGCUCUGACAAGGUGCUGGAAAACAGAGUCCUAGAUGGGAAGCCGAGCUCCGAGAAGAAUGACACCAGCCUCCCCACCGUUGCGCCAUCAAAGACAAAGUCGUCCUCCAAGCUCUCGUCCUGCAUCGCUGCCAUCGCGGCUCUCAGCGCUAAAAAGGCGGCUUCAGACUCCUGCAAAGAACCAGUGGCCAAUUCGAGGGAAUCCUCCCCGUUACCAAAAGAAGUAAAUGACAGUCCGAGAGCCGCUGACAAGUCUCCUGAAUCCCAGAAUCUCAUCGACGGGACCAAAAAACCAUCCCUAAAGCAACCGGAUAGUCCCAGAAGCAUCUCAAGUGAGAAUAGCAGCAAAGGAUCCCCGUCCUCUCCCGCAGGGUCCACACCAGCAAUCCCCAAAGUCCGCAUAAAAACCAUUAAGACAUCUUCUGGGGAAAUCAAGAGAACAGUGACCAGGGUAUUGCCAGAAGUGGAUCUUGACUCUGGAAAGAAACCUUCCGAGCAGACAGCGUCCGUGAUGGCCUCUGUGACAUCCCUUCUGUCGUCUCCAGCAUCAGCCGCCGUCCUUUCCUCUCCCCCCAGGGCGCCUCUCCAGUCUGCGGUCGUGACCAAUGCAGUUUCCCCUGCAGAGCUCACCCCCAAACAGGUCACAAUCAAGCCUGUGGCUACUGCUUUCCUCCCGGUGUCUGCUGUGAAGACGGCAGGAUCCCAAGUCAUUAAUUUGAAGCUCGCUAACAACACCACGGUGAAAGCCACGGUCAUAUCUGCUGCCUCUGUCCAGAGUGCCAGCAGCGCCAUCAUUAAAGCUGCCAACGCCAUCCAGCAGCAAACUGUCGUGGUGCCGGCAUCCAGCCUGGCCAAUGCCAAACUCGUGCCAAAGACUGUGCACCUUGCCAACCUUAACCUUUUGCCUCAGGGUGCCCAGGCCACCUCUGAACUCCGCCAAGUGCUAACCAAACCUCAGCAACAAAUAAAGCAGGCAAUAAUCAAUGCAGCAGCCUCGCAACCCCCCAAAAAGGUGUCUCGAGUCCAGGUGGUGUCGUCCUUGCAGAGUUCUGUGGUGGAAGCUUUCAACAAGGUGCUGAGCAGUGUCAAUCCAGUCCCUGUUUACAUCCCAAACCUCAGUCCUCCCGCCAAUGCAGGGAUCACGUUACCGACGCGUGGGUACAAGUGCUUGGAGUGUGGGGACUCCUUCGCACUUGAAAAGAGUCUGACCCAGCACUACGACAGACGGAGCGUGCGCAUCGAAGUAACGUGCAACCAUUGUACAAAGAACCUCGUUUUUUACAACAAAUGCAGCCUCCUUUCCCAUGCCCGUGGGCAUAAGGAGAAAGGGGUGGUAAUGCAAUGCUCCCACUUAAUUUUAAAGCCAGUCCCAGCAGAUCAAAUGAUAGUUUCUCCGUCAAGCAAUACUUCCACUUCAACUUCCACUCUUCAGAGCCCUGUGGGAGCUGGCACACACACUGUCACAAAAAUUCAGUCUGGCAUAACUGGGACAGUCAUAUCGGCUCCUUCAAGCACUCCCAUCACCCCAGCCAUGCCCCUAGAUGAAGACCCCUCCAAACUGUGUAGACAUAGUCUAAAAUGUUUGGAGUGUAAUGAAGUCUUCCAGGACGAGACAUCACUGGCUACACAUUUCCAGCAGGCUGCAGAUACGAGUGGACAAAAGACUUGCACUAUCUGCCAGAUGCUGCUUCCUAACCAGUGCAGUUAUGCAUCACACCAGAGAAUCCAUCAGCACAAAUCUCCCUACACCUGCCCUGAGUGUGGGGCCAUCUGCAGGUCGGUGCACUUCCAGACCCACGUCACCAAGAACUGUCUGCACUACACGAGGAGAGUUGGUUUUCGAUGUGUGCAUUGCAAUGUUGUGUACUCUGAUGUGGCUGCUCUGAAGUCUCACAUUCAAGGUUCUCACUGUGAAGUCUUCUACAAGUGUCCUAUUUGUCCAAUGGCGUUUAAGUCUGCCCCAAGCACACAUUCCCACGCCUACACACAGCAUCCUGGCAUCAAGAUAGGAGAACCAAAAAUAAUAUAUAAGUGUUCCAUGUGCGACACUGUGUUCACCCUGCAAACCUUGCUGUAUCGCCACUUUGACCAACACAUUGAAAACCAGAAGGUGUCUGUUUUCAAGUGUCCAGACUGUUCUCUUUUAUAUGCACAGAAGCAACUUAUGAUGGACCAUAUCAAGUCUAUGCAUGGAACAUUGAAAAGUAUUGAAGGGCCUCCAAACUUGGGUAUAAACUUGCCUUUGAGCAUUAAGCCUGCAACUCAAAAUUCAGCAAAUCAGAACAAAGAGGACACCAAAUCCAUGAAUGGGAAAGAGAAAUUGGAAAAGAAAUCUCCAUCUCCUGUGAAAAAAUCAAUGGAAACCAAGAAAGUGGCCAGUCCUGGGUGGACGUGUUGGGAGUGUGACUGCCUGUUCAUGCAGAGAGAUGUGUACAUAUCCCACGUGAGGAAGGAGCACGGGAAGCAAAUGAAGAAACACCCCUGCCGCCAGUGUGACAAGUCUUUCAGCUCGUCCCACAGCCUGUGCCGGCACAACCGGAUCAAGCACAAAGGCAUCAGGAAAGUGUACGCCUGCUCGCACUGCCCAGACUCCAGACGUACUUUUACCAAACGUUUGAUGCUGGAGAAGCACGUCCAGCUGAUGCAUGGCAUCAAGGACCCUGACCUGAAAGAAAUGACAGAUGCCACCAAUGAGGAGGAAACAGAAAUAAAAGAAGACACUAAGGUCCCCAGUCCCAAGCGGAAGUUGGAAGAACCAGUUCUGGAGUUCAGGCCUCCCCGAGGAGCGAUCACUCAACCACUGAAAAAGCUGAAAAUCAAUGUUUUUAAGGUUCACAAGUGUGCCGUGUGUGGCUUCACCACCGAAAACCUGCUGCAAUUCCACGAACACAUCCCUCAGCACAAAUCGGAUGGUUCUUCCUACCAGUGCCGGGAGUGUGGCCUCUGCUACACAUCUCACGUCUCUCUGUCCAGGCACCUCUUCAUUGUACACAAGUUAAAGGAACCUCAGCCAGUGUCCAAGCAAAAUGGGGCUGGGGAAGAUAACCAACAGGAGAACAAACCCAGCCACGAGGAUGAAUCCCCUGAUGGCGCCGUGUCAGACAGAAAGUGCAAAGUGUGCGCAAAAACUUUUGAAACUGAAGCUGCCUUAAAUACUCACAUGCGGACACACGGCAUGGCCUUCAUCAAAUCCAAAAGGAUGAGCUCAGCCGAGAAAUAGCCACAGAUGCUCCAUGAGGAAAAUCCCUGUCCACAUUGGAAUAAAAAAGACAUUUUUGUUACAAAAAGUUUGCAGUAUAAUAGAGUUAACAGUACUGUCUAGGCUGUUGCAAUAUAUUCUCUUUCAACGUACCUUCCUUCACCUCGUCGUAUAUAUCCUCGAUAAGUAUUAAAACAGUAUUUGAGUUUAAAAGAGUUUGUAUAUAUUUAAAUGAAUAACUUUUUAUACUCUUUGUUACAUGUUUGUAUCAGUAUUUAGUGGAAAACCAUUUGAGUUGUUUUGGGUUAGAAUUUUUCUUUUUGUACUGUUUCUUUAAAACAGAGUUCUUAGUAACAGGGGCAGUUCCUGAAUUCAAAUAAACCAUUUUGUAUGUUUGGAUUUUGAAUGGGUUAACUAAUUACAGGCUAAAAUAAUGCCUUUUUUAGUGUUUUUAAUUUUUAGAAUUCACUACAUAAAUUGUAAGUAAUUGUGGGUCUCAAAAACACUAGGAACUUUUAAGUGUCUUAGCACUUCCUCGAUGUGCCUGCCCUGAGGGAGUGAGUUCACAUUUGAGACAACUGCACUCCAGUGUGGACGUGCCUUUGUCUUCAGGCCAUGCCGAAGGGUGUUUAAAGCAGUCUUGCAGGUCGCUCCUUUCCCAGCCGUGGAUAAAAACUGAAGCUAGGAAUCUAAUAAGGAAUGCUGAUUUCCUCAGUUCCAUUUUGAGGAAUGGGGAAGGCUAUCAAUCAUUCUAAAGAAAAAAAUGGGAUUUGUUUUCUUGGCAGAUCUGCAAGGCUGGCUUUAAGAGCACAAGGAGGGAAAGUAACGAAAGGGCUGGACUACUAUAAAAGUUACAAAUAUGUAGUUAGACCAAUAGAUUUAUAUAGUCAGGUUUUUGUCAUGUAAUUUAUUAACUAUUACAGAAACACAACUAAGAAUAUCAAGUAUUUCUCUGGCUCUUGACAGAAAAAAAAUCAGUUGACUUAACCCUUUGCUGUCAAAAGAGUUGGCGUUUCCUGUUCUGGGUGCUACUGCCAAACGUUCUGGUACUUAGAGUCGGGAUGCACAACUUCAACCACCGACUUAUCAAUGCAGCCGCCUGUGUAUUGCAAUUGGCCGUUACCUUAAGCACUGAGCCACCCGGGUUUAGUUCAGCCAUUUCAAGAAGUAUAUUUAAGGUCAGUAGUUCUGCUUUAUUAAAAUGCAGCAGAGGUACUCUUCUGUCCCUUCCGUUUAUAGUUCUCUGAGAGAGUUCUAUUUUUUGGUUUUGUUUUGUGUUUUCUUUUGCAUUUUGUAUCUUGUAUUUAUCCCUGAACAUGUUUUGUACUUUUUUUUUUUUUUUAAGAAAAGGAAUUCUUUUGUGUAUAUAUAGAUACUUGCAUGAUAUACUGUAGUCAACGUUCGGUUCCUCGAAAGGUCUUGCUGCUGUCAGGUGUUAUGCACUCCAUCCAUCAUAACUGUAUGAAACACAUUUCAUAUGUAAAUAAACGUGGGACAUUUGGCC